AGAACUGAAAAAUGGUGAAGAUUACACCUUUUCUUCUUCACUUAAAAUUAUUAAUAUUAUGCAAAAAAAAUACUUGCCCUUUUUCUCCCAUUUACCCAUUUCUCUUCUUCAAGUCUAUAUUUUUUCUUCCUCUUUCUUCCCUUAUCAUUUCCCUUCUCUCUCACCCCUUCUUUUUCCCUUUUUUUAUUCUUUGUACUCCUUCAAAGCUCUAAUCUUUAUGGUAAAUUUUUUUUACUAUAUCUAUUGUAUUUGGGAUUUUUUAGUUUGUUUUUUGUCAUGAUCUUAUUUCAUGAAAUGCGCCUUCAAAGUUCCAAUCUUUAAGUGUUUCAUUGAUUAUAUGGGCAUCUUUACUUCCUAUAGUUGGUAGUAGUAGGUUGUAUUGGAAGUUCUUUUGAACAUUCUUUUCCAAAAUGGAUGAGUUUACUUCUUCUCGACUUGAAGGAAUUGGGAACACUAUAAGAAAAAGGAGGAGUCAUACUUCUAGGCGCCCUCGUCCUGAAUCUCAACCAUUAUCCGAUGGGCGUGAUAUUUUAUCCUUGUCUUCAACACCUCCUUCCGAUGACAUAAAAGCGGGUUCUAGUGAUGAGAACAGUGGUGGUGGCCACAACUCGAGAAGGAAAGAGCUUAGUCUUAGUCAAUGUGUAUCAAGAUUGCCCGGAGGUAGUGGAGCCGAUGGUGAAAAACAACACCGAACGAAUAAGAAAGUAGAUAUAGGACUUGACGAGUUAUACGCUAAUAGUGGCCUUAGAGAUGCUUCAGAGCAAGGACAAAGUGGCUCGAGUAAUAAAAGAAGCAGCGAAGGAGUUCUUGCUCCCGCUAAUUGGAAAAAUACAAGCCGAGCGAAAGAAAGCAUGGAACCACAGAAGACCAUGGCAUUAAAUAGAAAGGCUGACGACAGCGGUGGACCAUCACAGGAUGGUUUGGGAAGUGAUACUAAGGUCAAAAAAGUUAAGCUAAAAGUUGGAGGAGUAACGCGCACGAUUGACGCCAAUUCAAAGAGUUCUCGUGUUCCAGAUGCUACCUUAGCUCGUCAAAAGUCCGUCCAUAAAGAUAAUGUAGAAGUAGACAACCCGUUGUCUAGGGAUAAGAAAGUUGGAUUACAAGGAAUCCCUUGGAAGGAUUUCUCCAAAGUAGGUUUCACUCUUGGAAGAGACGGAUCUGCAACGAAAGGGGCUGGGAAGAAUAGCUCGGUAAAGCAAAGUGACAAAUCGGAUUCAGCGCGUAAGAGCAAACGUGCAUCCAAGAAACGUGCAGUUGAUGGUUUUGAUGAUUAUGAAAAUGACGAUGAGCUCAGAUACUUGGAAAAACUAAAAAAUGCUAAAUUUUAUACCGGAUUUGGAGAUGAUGAUGAAGAAGCUAGCCGAAAGCACCGAAGAUUAUCUAAAUUUUCAGGUAUUCCGCCAAAUACCGAAGUUGGUGCUUCUUCACGGUUGGGUAAAGACGGAAAGAAGAGAUCUCCGUCUGAGGAUACCGACUAUGAAGAAGAGGAAGAACCCGCAUCUGAUGGUGAGCCUGAGAGCAAGAAGAAUAAGAAAUCAAGGAAGGAACCUGCCGAUCCACUUGUUGAGCCGAGGCGAGAAAUGACACUCACAACACGUCAGAAGGCACUUCAGUCAGGAAGAGACGCCUCCGUACCUGGUGGAAGUGCAGUCGAGUUUCCAAAUGGAUUACCUCCAGCGCCGUCUAGAAAGCCAAAGGAACAGCUUUCAGAAGUGGAUCAACAAUUGAAGAAAGCCGAGGCCGCUCAAAGACGUAAAAUGCAAAAUGAGAAGGCCGCUAGGGAGUCGGAGGCCGAGGCAAUUCGAAGAAUUCUUGGCCAAGACUCCAAUAGGAAAAAGCGGGAAGAGAAAAAGAAGAAACGCGUAGAAGAGCUUGCCCAGGAAAAGGCUGCUGAUGAAAUUAUGCGUGCAACGAACAGUAUCAGGUUGGUUAUGGGACCUAGUGGGACUACUGUUACAUUUCCUAACGAAAUCGGUCUGCCAAGUAUUUUUGACUCGAAACCUCACAGUUACCCUCCACCGCGGGAAAAAUGUGCUGGACCAUCAUGUACUAAUCCAUACAAGUACCGAGAUUCGAAGACAAAGUUGCCCCUUUGCAGCCUUCAGUGCUACAAGACGGUCCAGGGUAAUGUUCAGAGUCAACCUACUAGCUGCUGAUAUAAGUACACAGAUACAUAUUUCCAUUCGUUUCUCGAUAUCCCCUGCUCAACGUGUUCUCAUUUGCGAGUGGGCCCGACCUCAAGUGGUCGGAACUACUACCUUCGAGGCCUCGAGGACUCCUACUGGGUGUAUACUACUUGAUCAUUUGUAGCAUAUAGAACUAUAGAAGUAUGAAUCAUAUGAGCUUAUAGGCAGCUCCGUGUCUGAAUGCCCUCGGUAAUUGAGAAUCGAGAUGGAUUAGUAAGCUCUUAGACUGUUACACUGCAACGUAAAAUCCACCAAAUUGAUGUCGUAGUUGUUAUCGUUAUAUGUAUGUACCUAUAUAUAUAUAAUUAAAUGUACAGCCGGUCUCCUGAGAGACCGUCUUUUUGAAAGACGUCUCUCAGGCUCAGCCCAUUAAAGUUUAAUUAUACUAAAAGAUGAUAAUGGGUUGACCAAAUUAGAGAGGUCUUUCAAAGAGACCGUCUUUCACUAGAAUUUGUGUUAAAUGUAUUUGUGACUUAAUUGUGUAAAAUUUUUGAGGUAAUAAAGUGGUUCUAUGAUCACCAUUUCCAUUUGUUUGAUUGUUUUGUGAAAUGGGUUGGUUUUCGAAAAGGGCUUCUUGUAAAUGAAUCGGUUUGAUUUGGAA